AAAAAAAUAAAUAAAUAUUUAUAUUAGGGCUAUAAAAAUGGAGUGGAAUGGAUUUUUCCCAUUUUUCUACCUUUGACGAGAUCACAUGGCAAAUGUUCCAGAACUCAUGAGUGUUAAUGAGCAAUGAUGGCAGCAUUUAUCAGUAUUUUACACCGGCAAGCAGAAUAAAUCCAGUCAGAAUUUAGUUGAUUGUAUCCGAUCUGUAAUCUGCGAUCUGAAGUGUUUUUGACCUUUUGUAAAAUGCCUUUUAUGUGCAAUAACAUGUUAGUAAAAAGCCAUUUAACUAACAUGUACUCUGCAUGUCUGAAAUGUUGGUAAAUGAGAAUAUACUUUUUUUUCAGUUGUAGAGUACUUCGCUCAAGUGUUUGCCUGAUUGCUUUUUUAACUUGAAAAUAUGGUUCAUACGUGUAACACAUGGCACAGACUGGAGAUUGCAAUAAACAAUUGUGUAUUAGCAGUGAGUUCAGAGUGUACAUAUAUACAUAAUGUAUGUGUGUGUAGUCACUUUAAUAGUCACUUAAUGUUCAGGCGUGUUUUGUGUUCUUUGUGGUGUACAGUAAUUUAGAGAAAGGCUAUAUUUUGUACAGAAGCUCUGAAUACAUUGUAAUUGUCAUGACAGAAAAGGCUUGACUCGUUCCGUAAAACUGACUAGUGACACAAUAAGUGCCUUAUGUUUUGAAUUUACAUACAUUUCCUGUAGAUUAAGUGUUCUUAUAACCUUUAAGCAGCUCAUUUAUUAUUAUUAUUAAUAUUUUUGGAUUUGUAAAUAAUAUUUUUAUUACCUCAUUUAAAAAACAUCUGUCCCCUAGACAAACGUUGAAAGAGAAUUUUCCGCAGUUCACCCUUUGUUGGCAUAAAUGUGGCAUUUUGGAAUUAAACUCUUAUCAGUGCUACUGAUCAAACAUGUUUAUGUAAGGACCUUGAGAACAAACUCCAUGCCCAAUGUUAGAAAUGGGUAAAUAUAUUCUGCCUGAGGCCACUGUCUGCCCAGCUUUGUCUCUCUGCUUUCAGGGCCCGGGAUGCCCAAGGAACCGAGAGGAGAUGCCCAAGGGUGUGUAGGAGAGAGGGAACGCACCUCCCGUCCAGCCAGUAAAAAUGCUAAAGACAAAAGCAACAGCGCUGCCCUUUUGGCCUCUAGAGCAAGAGCACACACCGAACAGAAAAAAAAUGGACGUGAUUCGCGCUUCUCGGAGAAAGACUCUGGUUACUCGGACACUGGCUCAGACUCCUUGCAGACUGAUGCAGAUGACCAGCAGAGUAGUGUGAAUGAGCCUCAGGUCCGCAGGGGUUUGGGUAGGGCAGAUCAAGGCCCCCUACAUGGAAGCCACAUACUGGUGUCCGAGACGCCUGAACUCACCCCCAUAUUCAUCAUUAAGAAUGUGGUGUUGAAGCAGCCUGGGCAGUCUGGUCAGGACCACAUCCUUCCUUCAGCUCUGUCAUGGGAUGGAGGUGCUACAAGCAGUCAGGCUCCCACCCAUGUUCUCUUACUACAUCAGCCUGGCAUCAAUCAAAGCGCCCCAUUGCACAUCCUCAAACCCCAGCCACAGAGAUCCGAAAGCAAGGGUGUAAAGAAGAGCAAAAACACUUACCUCCCCAUCCUAAACUCCUACCCUCGAAUAGCACCUCACCCGAGUAAGAAAACCCCAGAGAAACCUGUGGCCAGUAGAGGAAGUAACACAGAGGAGCACAGCCUGAGUAAGAGAGUAUGCACAGAGGAGAAGAGAGAUGAGGUGUCCACAACCACGCGGGCGGCCAAGCAGCAUCUGCACAAACAGCCAGAGAACAACUUGCUGUUACACUCUCAAUCCCUCUCACAGUUGCUGUCUGCUGGCCAUGAGACGCUUUCUGGCUCUCACCAGCACCAGAGCCCAUGCCGCCCAUCUAGUCCCUCUUCCUCCCUCAACGUGAGCUCUCCGUCAAUCUCAAGCACACAGACUCUUUCCCCACCCUCUUCCAACGACCUCAUCCAGCCCAGAAAAGGGCCCCAUAAGCAUUGCCCAGAACCGAAUAGUGACUCUGGCAAAGAGUCGAACAACCUCAAAGGGACAGCACGGCACCGUCGCUUCCUCAACACAGUGGAGAUUCUGAGCCAGUUGGGACUACUGGACAUCACCUUAAGGACGCAGGAUCUGCUGCGGCAAAAUUCCGCAACCGAACGAGACAUAGCCCAGCUACGUCAACAUGCCCAUCUGCUUUUCCAGGCUGCCCAAGCAGGUGCUGAUGCUCCAGCUGCCUGGGAGAAGCUCCAACAGGUCAUGGCUGAGUCUGGGCACUAUCCCAGCCUCAAGUGCCUACCUACAGACAGCAGCAAUGGAGGGUCUCAAUCAAAGGUGGAAGUCAAGGCAGCCACCAGCACCAAACCUGAUACUCCUGUGGUAUAUGGAUAUGGACUUAAUGGGACUGAAGAUGUGGCACCCCCAUCUCCUCUUCUAGCUCCAAUGCCAGAUGCAGAAUACCAGUCAACAGGUCACUAUGAUUCUAUCAGUGAUAGCACCACCACUUCUGAGCAAAUCAGAGCCCAUAGGGGAACCAUGAGUCCACCAGAUGAUCCCAUAAUGCCUCCAGACAGCUCUACACAUGGAAACCUGCUUUAGACUGCACCCAGAAACCUGCUGAGCACUGGGCGUUUACAGCAGAGAAACAGCAAGGGAGACUUCAAGAUACUUUCCCGAACAUCUCAAACAUGAUUUCAGAGAUGUUAUCAUUGCCCCAAUAUUCAGUCGUCUCCAUGGUAACUCAGGGCUAUGCUCAAGGACAGCGUCUUGACUGCGCUACAUGCCAUCUUCCUGUCUGUCUCAUUUCUAUACUCAUCUGCAUCAGCAAUCACCCAACGUGUCUGAUGAGAGCUACACAGAAUUUAAUGCACAUGCUACAGACGGCCACUCGUUAGUUUUGUCACUUACAAUGCUAUCUGCAACAGGUAUCCUGCCCCAUGGAAUCAAGAAGCAACUUCAGGUUUUCAAUGGCCGUUUGCAAAUGUUUUUGAUUGCAACACUUCAUGAAUAGUCGAUCACAGAGUAAUCAAAAAUGACAGCCUAUUUCCUACUUUAUGUUGAUUUAUAUCAGAGACUAGUUGAAUAAUUUCCAUUUGCUGUCACAGGUUGUAGCAUGUAGCGUUUCUGAAGAACAUGACUGGGAAUGUUAUUUUGCAAAAAUGUGGUAAAAAUUAGUGAUGAGAUCCCCUCUGUGAGGCCUUGUCACUUAAAGAAAAUAAAGAUGGUGCAUGAAGGUCCCGAAAAGUCCACACAUGCAAAGACACUAAGAACUGUGUGAGAAUUAUUCUCACAGUGAUCUUGGUAAAGUCCAUGGAGCUUUUGUUCUUCUAUGCAGUGCGCACUUCAUUAAUCUCAUUGCAUUGAUCUGCUUGCUAUACGUCUUCAUCUUUGACCAUGGACCAAGACACCCAUUACUCAAGCCUUUGAGAUGAAAGGUCAAAUUUGAGUGUUUAUGUGAGCUGUAUUUCCCAUUCAUUUGAUAACAGAUCAUGACGUCUAUGAAUUUGUGAAUUUUCUUGUGUUAAUAGUGUUUUGUGCCAGCCUUAAUGUAUUCUUCAACAUCUUUACUUUUCUUUCCCAAUUCUCUACUACUGCACCAAGCUUUUUGGCACAUUUUUGAUACUCUUGACAUGGCACUAAUGUAUUAUUUGUUGUUGCUGUGAUAUAUUUCCUUUUAUUUACUUACCGAGUAUUUCUGUGUAACAGAAGUUGUGUAUGAACGCAGUCACUGAUUUGUGUCUAAAAAAGCCGUCAGGCCCACACAGAGAUUUUGCAGAAUUCUGCUGUCAUUCACAAAAUUGUGCACGUCAUGAUUGCAUAUUCGUUUAUAAAAUAUUUUGGCUAAACUGAUAAGGGUUUCGGAGUUUAGUACUUUAUAGUUUAACACGUUUUAUGUUUCAGUACAGGAGAUUUUCAGAUAUUUUUCCCUAAAAUAAAUACAGAAAAUGAGGAAUGGUCUGCAGAUUCCACUUGGGCCAGAUUGUUUUAUAACCUUAGAGUUCUUCUUUGUCACUGAUUAUUUCCCCUUCUUCAUUAGCUCUUUAAUUUUCUUGUUAUAGAUAUUAAUGGUGUGUUUGUACACAGCAAUGAUCUUAAGUCCAAAUAAAUGGCAAGUCCUGGACCUGCCAGAGACAGUG